GGCCGCAUCUAUCAACCCUACUUCCCAACCGGUCGCUUACCUAUUCGCAGUCAAGACGAAUUAUGUAGUUUUUCUACUUGGUGUACAAUACAUUUGUUCCUGCCUUAUAUUUAAGAGGAAAGGGGUGAUUUUUCAGGAGCCCAAUGUGGGUGGAAGUGAGAUGGCAUCCAGAGAAAAACGACCCUUAGCGCCUUCAAAAUCAAAACAGAAGGCGAAUAAUGACUCUGGCUUGCCAUCUAAUGAGGUCAAAAGUAGAAAAGGCAAGUCUUUGACCAAUAUAAGACAACAACAGCUUGCACGUGAUAUUUUUGAAGCAGUAGCAACGGGCAGUCAACUUCCUGCAAAAUUAGAGGCAAGUUUGCCACGAAAAAAGGUUUUAAAGAACCUCAAACGUAAACAGAAAUUAAGAGUAACAAAAACUAAUUUCAUUAAGACAAAAGUUACCAAAAAAGUAGGAAGUAAAAAUUUAUGCAGGAUAAAUUCUGAUAUCAAGAAAGGUAUCAAAGCAAGGAAAGUUAAGUCAAUAGAGGAGAAAGUGGAAGAAGAGGAAGAAGAGGAGGAAGAAGAGGAAAAAUCUUCUGAUAUCAAUUUAAGAAUUUCAGAAAAUCAUAUCAACGAUCUAGAAAAUAGCAAAACUGCUGAAAUAACCAACAAAAGUGCCAAGAUUAAUCUCAGGACCAAGAAAACCAAGUCCUUUACAAGAAUUAGCGGCGAACAGGAUAACGAGGACAAUUCAGAAAAAGAUCAAGACGCUCUUGUUAAUUCGAAUACAAAAAGUAAUACAAAGUAUAGUAAGAGAACUAAACCAGGUGAUACUGUGGACUCUUCCCCUAGAAGUGCCAAACUUUUAAAAAAUACAGGACUGAAAAAGAGUACUAUAAAGGAGAAAGAAAAUUAUACGAAAAUCAUAGAGGGGGAUAAAUAUUUAAAAGGUAAAAGAGGCACUAAAGAUACUGAUUCUCUUAAUAGCAUUAAAAGUAAUUCCAGCGUGCAUAAUAAAUUAUCUAAAUCUGUUUUGGAUAACAAGAGCUCUAUUGAUCUUACUAUCGACGAAGUUAUAGCUUCAAUGUUGAGUGAUUCAGAAGUAGAUAAUCAGCAAGGUAUUGUAGAAAAAGUAGAAGGAAAGAUAACUAGGAGUAGGAAAAUGUUGGUGGAUGAAAAUAUUAUUCCUGAAAGUGAAAUAAAGAAGGAACCUGAUUGUGAUGACAUAAGAAUUAUGUCGGAAGGAGAAUGUGGAGACAUUGAACAAGGAAAUCAUACUCAAACUACAAUUCAAUUAAGAAAGAGGUCAAAUGUUCUGUUAAGCCAAAGGAGUUUACGAAAUGGAAAAUUGCGCCAACUUUCAGAUACAGUGGCUGCAAAUGAUGUAGAUGUUAAAAGACGGCGUAGAUUAAAUUCAGAUGAUCCUGCUGCAUCUGAAACUUCGACGGAACAGAUUUCUGAUGGGAAUGUAGAUAUAGAAUCCUGUUUUUCUGAAUCUAGCGGUAAUUACUCUCAAAUAACUUCGAUAAAUAAAGAGGAAUGUAUAAUAAAAGAUGAUGUCUCCAAGAAUUAUGCCGAAAGUGAAACUGGUAUAGAAAUAGAAAACAAUAAUAAUAGUGAGAGAGUAGAUAGAUUAAGUGAAAUAGGACCAACAUUACGUUCAAAGACAAAAGCCAGAAGUACGGAUAGUGAAACAAAAAUAGAUGAUAUCAAAGUUGAGGAUACACGUGUAGCAUCUAAAAAUGUAGAAGUACUGGAAGAAAUAAAGAAAACCAGUAGUUUAGACCAAGUUAGGAAAGACACAAUUUUGUCAAAGCUCACAGAUAGGUCUAAAGGUCGAAGGAAUAGUUUAAAUAUAGAUAUGAGAAAAACAGUAAAUUCAUUUUAUGGAACAGAGAAAUCUGAUGGCAAUCCGAAGUCACAAAUAGAUCAGAUGAUAGAGAAUAUAAAAUUAACAAUUGCAAAAUCAAUUGAAAGUAAAAUAUUUGGUCCAGAAAAGAAUCUUGGAUUGAGCAAAAAUUUUGAAAUUCCAAAGAUUGAGGAAAUCAUUGCACCAUUAAGUACUGAAUCUCAGAAAUUGGGUUUGGAAGAGAAUACUGAUGAAGAUAAACCCAAUGCAUCUAAGAAUGAGAGUAAAUCUGAGAGUUCUGAGAACUCGGUACCAAAAGUGGCUGAUACUGCCAAAGAGAUUGAGAAACUAGUCAUGGGUGACAUUGAAUUGGUUGAAACUCAAUCACAAAACACUCAAGAUAGGGAGACUCCUAAUAUUGAAGCAGUCAAUAAAACUCACAAUUCUCAUGAACCCUCACAUGCUACAGUUAGUAAAGAAAUAAAUAUGUGUAAAGAUGGUAAGGAAAGCACUGAAGCUGAUCAGGAUUCAAAUAUUACAUCUAAGAUAGGAGAACAAAUAGAAGAUAUUGAAAAUCAGUCAAUAGAUAAUAGCAAGAAAAUAUCUUCUUUAUUAAGAAAAUCAGGAAAGUCAAAUAAUAAAAAUUCUCAAGAUAACAUUGAAGAGUCUGAAAUUGGAAAGAAAUUGACAACCACAUCAGAAGAACCAACUGAAAAGAGUGAUUCUCUUAAGGAAUCUGCUAUAGAAAAAAGUGACGAACGAAUGAAUGAAGAGAAAAAACCAUUAAAUAGAAUUGAAGAAGACAAAAAAGAACUUAUAAAAAGUGAAGUUACUAACGAGUCUACUACAAAUUUAUUAUCUUCUGCAGAAACGAACGAAUCAGUGAAAACGCAAAGUACAACCGUAGAAAUAAACAAUGAAAUGGAUAAGAUAAAUUUACCUCAAGUAGAAAGUUUAAGUAGUACUCAUUGUUCAGAGGAGUCAGAAACUUUAGAAAGUAUUUAUUCUGAUGUUGAAAGAUUAGUAAAAGGGGAUGAACUAUUAAGUUCAACAAAUAUGGCAAAAAAUACAGAAGCAAUAGACGAAGAUAUAAAAUUAAAUGAUACAUAUAAUAAUAUUGCUGAAGAUGAAGAAAGUUCUCUUGUUGGAGCUGAUGAACAUUCUACAUCAAAAUUUACUCCUAAUAAAGUAGCAGAAGCAUUGACUGAUCAAGCUACAGAUCAUUUAUCAAACGAAACCAACAAACAUGACAAAGUUCAUAAUAACAAUGAGAAGAUUGAGGUACCUACUGCUUCCUCUGAAUCAAUGCAAAAUCAGAAACACGACAAAAAUAAUUCUCAUGUAUUGCCAGACUUAAAUUCAAUAUGCACCUCCAACAAAUCUCCAGUAUGUACUUCAAAGAAAGAAAUAAAUGAUACAAAUGAUUCUAUCAAGGAUGUUAAUCACGAUAAAGAAGAUAAUAAACAUCAAAAUAUUGAUACAUUAAUAGCCCCAAACGAAGAUACUGUUGAUAAGAAAGUAGAUAAUACAUUGAAUACAGUUAUUGAAGAAAAAGGUAAUAAAUUAUCGUCCGAAAAGAAUACAGACGAACCCAAAAUUACAAAUGAAGAAAAUAAAAGAGUUUUAAGGGUACGCGAUAAACAAAAGAAAAUAGAGAAAAGACCAACUUCUUGCAACAGAGAACACGAAAAUACAUCAAAAUCUAAUGCAGGAAGUGAUAGCCAAACAAUAGAAGAAUUGAAUGCACAAAAUGAUAAUAAACAAAAUUUUGAACAGAAAGCUAAUACUGAAACUAUCUGUAACACUCCUGAAACAGACAUAUCUCAAAAUAGCACCGUAGAUUCUGAAACUAGUGAUGUUUUGGAGUCUCAUACUCGUACCAGACGUGGUAGGGAAGUAAAAAAACGUAAGGAAGAUCAGCAAUUAAAUAAUACAUUGAAAAAUAAACGAACUAAACGAGAUAUCAGAAAGUCUGACCAACAAAAAGAAGAAACAUUGCUUGACAAUGAAGUUGCCAAGAUAAAUGAAAACAACAGAUCAUUCCUUAAUGAUUAUGACAAUCUUGCUAAAUGUUCUGACAGUUUUAGAGGUUUCUCUGAAGGUGGUCGUGAUAGUUUAGACAAAAUUCAAGACAACAGUGAUAAUUUACGUAGUAAAUCAGAAAAUGAUUUAGUUAUUCCAAAUGAACCAAAUAGAUCAGAAAAAGAAGGACGACUUUCGAGUCAUAUCGCCGAUAACGAGUUAUCAAAAGAAGGAAGUAACAUCAAUUUGUUGGAUGAGUGUAAAUCUAGUAAAAUGGGAGAAACUUCUCAAAAAGAUUUAGAUGAGACAUCAACUUCGGAUGAAUCAUCUAGUAGCGUUAAUAUUACGGCGAAAAUUUUAGAAACACCGGAGGAUAAAGCUAAAAAAGAAUCUAUUUUGAGAUUAUUGGGUUUGGAAUCAUUGGAAAAAGCUGCAGAGAGAUUGAACCAUCAAAAAGCGAGGAAGGAACAAUAUACAGGUACACUGAAAACUGUAAUUCGUGUACAGAAAGAAAAAGAAAAAGAUAAAAAACGAUCGAGAUCUCCUUUGAAAAUGGUUUUGAAGCAAGGACGCACCGACGGAGAAGGAGAUUCGCCUGAAUUUUACACCAUACAAAAGGAGUUUGGAACCAGUGGUUUGGGAGAUAGCAGCUCUGGUGCGAACCGAAAGUUCACUACUAACCACAGACACUCUUGCGAUGAGGAUAACGAGGAAGCUCCGCCGAAGGAUCGUCAGUCCCUUGUCAUUCCUGAGAAAUCAUCUUCAUUUUCUAUUCAUCCAGGACGAUUAUGUGCGGAUGUAUGUUGUUAUUGUUUCGGAAAAUUUGGCUCUUUGGAUACACCCAUGCACUUGGCUCAAAUGAAAUCGGAUGAAAGAAGAAAGAAGAUAUUGAAUAUAGAAAGACACCUUACCAAGGAUUCUUGUCUGUGUGACGCGUGUUAUCGUCAUGUAGAUAGAAAGGCGAACACUAGUCCAACAAACAUGCAAACAAAGCCACAAAAACAACAUCGUCAAUUGAUGGUAUCGAAAUGUUCAGCUCGUGAUUGUAGAAAUCCUGCCCGUCAUCAUGUUAAACGACGUUGGUUACUUAAAAUUAAGUCUGGAUUACAAAAUCAGGUUGAUAUUGAUUGGGAAUCGAGUCAACACACGUCUAUGUCAUUCUGCGUGAUUCAUUACGGUAAAAUCGAAAGGUUUUUGAUCUGUGCACUUUGUAAUCGGAGAUUGGCCAGGAAUCAUACGCAUCAAUUAUCGAACGCAGAAACUAUAGAAUUAAAUCAACGACUCUCACAACAAGCGAUACCAGUUUCGCUCGCUGCGGGCACUUUUGUUUGCAAGUUGUGUCGGUAUUUCACACAGUUGCAAAUUAAAUACAAGGAUCCUGAAAAUAUGAAUAUGAAUCAUAGAUCUUUCUUUAAGAGCUAUCGAAAAAGGAUCUUACAUUAUCACGACAUCGAGGUACUCGAGAAUGAGGACGACGAUUCUAAUAGUCAAUCGAAAGACAAGGACAAACGCAAAAAAGCUAAAUGUACACCGGCUAAAAAUGGCAGUUCGAAAUCGCCAGACGUAAUCGCAAAUUCAGUCUCGGACAAGUCGACGCCCGAGUUAAUCAAAAACGAGGGAACAAAUUCUGAACCGGACAAUGACAAUCGUUCCGUCAAAAUGAAUACGAACGACGUCAUUCCCACGGACGUUCAAUUCCUUGGCGUUGAAGGUACCGUAGAAAAAUUGAAGAAAAGAAAGAUACUCGAAGUGAACAAUUAUACGUCAGAUGGGACAACAACGCCUUGCGACGGUUCGAACGAGGUCGUAGAGAUUCUUGCCAUGGACAAGGAAGUAACUUUGACGAAAUUACCGAAGAGGGCAAGAACGAGCAACGACAUAACUCCUGUCGUACAACGACUCGGAGCUAAUCCAUCCAUUAGCGUGCGUACUCUUUUCCCAGGCGAAGAAGAAAUGAAUCUUCAUGCUAACAUCGAGUUCACCAAUGUUCGAGAGAUAACGCCUCAGGGUUGGGAAAAGUGUGCGACGAUGAUUCAAUACGACAGAGACACGAAACUUUUAUGGCAAGAGUUACAAAGACCUUACGGGAAUCAAAGUUCUUUUCUAAGACAUUUAAUACUUUUGGAGAAGUAUUACAGGGCAGGGGAUUUGAUCUUGGCGCCUAACGCAUCCCGAAAUGCGAUAAAUUAUUCGACGUCGGUUCAAAACAGAUUGAUAUCGUACGAGGGCCCUGAAAAAAUGGACGAACCGAUAAUGGAACCGAUAUCCUCCGAAUUUAAUAAUUCUCGUCGUUUGAGCGGAGGAUACGUACUCGAAAGAGACAGACUCUCGUUACCCACCGGAAGUUGUACCGCGAAGUCACCGGCGAUACAAUUAACGACUAAGGGAAGUCCACCGCGUGUUCUCAAAUUAAAUCCGGGUGUAUCUAUCAUAAAGAAACCGCCUCCUAGUUUGCAACGACUUAAUUUACCGUCUACCAGUUCGGCCAAUGGAAAUAUCAAACGUAAAGAUAACUCGAAAUUGCCGAUGUCCUCGGGCGGUAAAGUGUUCCAGUUGAGCGAACCGGAUUUUAAGCGGCUGCAACAUCUUAAGAAACAGAAACAAAUGCUUAGUGAGAAACAGUGCGUAAGUCCUACGGGUGUAUCGGGUAAUCCAAAUUCACCACCGAAUUUCAAAUCGACGACGCAAUAUCAAAAAGCGCAGCUGGCCGCUCAAACCCAAUUCCAAAAGCACUUGAGAAUGCAACAGGAAAUGUUGAAUCGUCAAAGUAGAGGUGAUUUCGAGCCGCUUAUAUGUGACAUCCGUUUGUCGAACGAGAACAGUCCUACCCAAAACUUAUUACAUAAUCUUAAUCUGCCAAAGUCUAUACAAGUGACUACUAAGCCAUCUAAUCCAAUUCCAAUUUUGCCAAAAAUUCCAAAGUCAUUGACGGUAAUACCACAAACUGUAACGAGACCUACCGAGAAAUGAAAGCCGAGAAAGCGGGGGAAAAGUAAGUAAAUACAAACGCCUUCUUUAAUAGAAAACUUGUCCCCGUGUCGCUGGGCCCGUCCGUACGUACACACACACACUCUCUCCACAUAAAUAGAUUCACUCAAGAGGUUUCUUCGGAUAAACGCGAAUAAGGAUCUUACGAAUGUCCUUGUUUUCCUAAGAUUCCUGCUUGAGGUUACGAAGACAGAGGAGACGGACAAAGUUGUUUGCAAGCGAAUAGCAUGCUUUAAAUAAAUGCGUCGUGAAUGACGUAUUUUUAUCUUCGAGCUACGAUGACUCGAAUAAUAAAUGAGAAUACACGAUUUUACACACUAUAUUACUUAAGAGACGAGAAAGAAACUAUUAAAUUAUAUAGACGUGAUGAUAUACGUCGGCAAUUGUGAAUUACACAGAGACUAUAGAAAUAUACAUAGAGUAUGCAUAUAGUAAUCGUGCGCAAAUCGAAGAAGAAAAAAAAACGAGAGAGAAAGAGAAAGAGAGAGAGAGAGAGAAAAAAUAAGAUAUUUCGAUUCUAAAGAUAUAUCCCAUCAACCAAAGUUUCUCACCUGUAAAGACAAAUUUAGCGGGACAUGCAAAUUUAUUUGAUUUCCCACUAUGAGAAGUGCCUAUAUAUAAAUGACACAGAUGGAGUCGUUAGUUUUUAUCGGUAUACGAUGUGCAUUAAAUAAUAAUGAUCGAUGAACAUUACGAACAAUACGAUGGUACGAAAAGAAUUCCGACGACCUUGUGCUUUUGGGUUAUAAUAACCCUGUUACGCAUCGUUCUUUAUUUCUUUACUUGUGUGCAAAAGUUUAACGAAUAAUAGGUAGCAUACAUUCUAUAUACUUGGUUCAGAACGUAAAGGUCUGCCUCUCGUGUCGUUCAAACAGAUUCGAUUGGAUCGAUGGUAGAUCGUUAUUGAAUAAGUCGAAUAAUCUUAUAGAAUGAGACGACGACCAAUGAUUAUGCUGACCGAUUAUAUUAUAUCUUUCUUUUGAAAGAAUUAUACAUUUUAAAUCGACACGGUAGCAUAUUUUUAUCCUAGACGAAGUGUUCUCGGGGUUGGGGUGGGGAGGGGUGGGAUGAUUGGAAGCCUUUAUCGUUCCGAACCGAAAAAUUGUGUAUUGUAAUGUUGGCCUGUUCGCCCGUGUAGCGAUCACAAUGACGAUGAUAAUGAUAAUGGUGAUGAUGGUGAUGAUGGUGAUUAUGAUGAUGAUGAUGAUGAUGAUGAUGAUGAGAUAAUGAUAAUGAUAAUAAUGAUGAUGAUGAUUUGUAAUUAUUAUAUGGACGAAUGUUAUACGUGUGAAGUAGAAUGUAUACCUUGAGCUUAUUUAUUACGUUACUACAUUAUCGCAUUGUACAUAUAUUGAAUAAUUAUUUUAGUUUUUAACUCAUAUAUUAAGCCGAUAACGAUCACCAUUACGACUUAUAAAAACGCGUUGUGUAUGAUUCCUUAAUGUAGCCUUUUGGGUACGCGCUGUAAUGAACAGGGAAAACGAAACAACAACAACAAAAUAACAAAAUGGGGUCAGAAUUCGUAAGAGAACUUUUUCUUUCUACGUUUUCUUUGUCGCCACGUGAAAUAUUAAUAUUAGUCGACGAGUGUCUCUCCUCCUAAUAACGACUUAUUUGCGUUUUUGCAAAUUCAUGCUGUACGAUGAAGUAUCUCUUCCACGAUUCGAAUUUUGUCGGGGACCGACUUCGUGCAUUAUUACAAUUUUUCUUUUCAUUUUC